AUGCCGACUCCGAGCAACAACCAACCGACUGCUCCUCCAUCCAUCGCCCCGGUGAUCUCCGCCCGAACCUGUCCUCCCGAACUCGACAGAAUCUCGGCCCGCAGAGACUCUCCGGACUCCACGCUUUCCAGUGACACGAUCGACAAUGUUCUCUCCCCCGAAAGCAUCGCUGCCCCGUCCGUCCUGAGCCGAUCCGACGAUGGCAGUUCGCUGCUGGCCACGGAUCCGCUGAAGGUGGACAGGAAGAUGUCUGCCGAUGAUGAGACUGGGCCUGGCAGAUCCAGUUCUCCCACCGAAUCAUCGUGUGCGCGCGGUCAGUCGUCGGUCACGCCGGCAAACUCGUCGCUGCUUCGCUAUGAAUUUUCCAAUGUGAGGCUUCUGCCAAAUCAUACCUCUUCCUUUCUGCGCUCGGGAAGCAAGUUUGUCGGCACGCAACAGUCGGAUCGCCAGGUCUAUAAUGUUGAUGUGGAAAUCAAACAUGUGGACAUGGCCGAGUCCUACCUGUGCGGCUACCUUCGCAUCCAAGGUCUUACGGAGGAUCACCCUACCUUGACUACAUUUUUUGAAGGCGAGAUCAUUGGCACCAAGCAUACUUUCCAAACUCGUAACGAGGCGUGGGGUGCCACAGAGAAAACCGACAUGCACCACUGGUCCCGGUUUGCGGCGUGGCGACCUCUAGCCAAGCAAGCGAAACGCACAGACUUCACAUAUCGCAACUUCGCCCAACGCGAGCACGUCUUUAUGAGAUGGAAAGAAUAUUUCCUUGUGCCCGACCAUCGCGUGCGCACCAUCUCCGGCGCCAGCUUUGAGGGGUUCUACUACAUCUGUUUCAACCAGGUGGCGGGAACCGUGAGCGGCGUCUACUUUCAUGCAAAGAGCGAGCGAUUCCAACAGCUUGAGCUCAAGCAUGUAGAGGAUCGUGGAUGCGCGCCAGCAGUCGAGUUCCGCUAA